GAACUCAUCUUAUGUGGAUUCGCCUUGACAUAGCUGCAGAACAAUCAGUACUAGACAAUUUAACUGUUUUUAAUAAAAAUAUUUCAUGCAAAUACCUUUUACGUUUUUGUGUGAGUUUUUGAGAAAAUAAUAUUUUUAUGAAAACAUUUACAUAAAACGAUUUUUUUCGAUAAUUUUCCCUAUUAACAUAAUUUAAAUAUAGGAAGUUUAUAUUCAAUUACCCUUCAUUUGCCCAUCAUUACAAAUUUUCAAUUUUCAAAUUACAAAUUAGAAUGUAAGUAAUAGCUUUAGUAAUUCAAUUUUGUGCUGCCAUCCGAAUAUACACGGCGAAAGAAAAAAACACAAUUCAGCUGAUCUAAUGCUACCACCUUUAAUAGAUUCGCCUUAUAUUUGGUGUACGCUUAUUUGACAAUACGAAAAUAACCACUUUGUUUAUUUAUGUACCUAAUCGUUUGUGUUUUUAUUUUAACUGAGGUAUAAAAAGACACUUGUGAAACUAAAAGCCAAAAUUUCAAUAGGAAAUCUGUUCUCAAAUUGGAAAAGGUUAUAUCCUCAACUCCCUUAAAUUCAAACCAGUUGGCAGCGCCGUUCAUAUUCUCAGCUCCUAACCACACAAUACUCGUGGGACACCGGACGUAUAAGUAACUUCACGCUCAUUUUACAGCAUCCUGCUGCUGCUGCUCUGCGCCAAACUCGCUCAGUGGAAAAAUAUUCGUUUUUAGUUCUUCGGUAGUCAACAGUAAGUUCGCACGCAUUUCUAACGGCAAUACAAAAUAUCACAAAUAAAGCAUCAAAGCGGGUUAGAGAAAUAAAACUGGAACAAAACCACAAUUGUGUCAGUGUCCGCGCGCAGCAAUCAUAGUGUUGUUGACAAUUUUUCGAUUUUUUGUCCUUUCAACUCGCUAAACGUAAACAGUGCAGCUGGUCCUUUCUUUAAGUGUAUGUGUAUGUAUGAGUGUUGGUUGCCUUGUGCUGCUUAUGUGUUUUGAUUAAGGUUGCACUUUGCCUAGUCAAGUGAGUGUUGGCCAAAAGCGCCUAUCGCCAGUCGCCCGCAUAUACAUACAUAUGUAUGUAUGUAUGAUAAGUCAUUUUACUUUACUUUACAAAUAAUCAGAAAUACUCACAUGAGAAGUUGGGGAAUGAAAUUACUUGUUGAAUUAGUAAAUAAUACGGCUUGAAUUGUGAGCACUUCAGUUCGAAAAAAAAAAUAUAUAUAAUAAAUACAAAUAUAAAAAGGGAAGAAUAUGAGCAAUAAAUAUUUUGAAUAAAAAAAAUCCUAAAAUCACAUGAUAGUGAAUCUCAUUUACUACUUUUGCCACUGGCUGCUAAACCCAGCAAUACACACAAACACAUCUACACUGAUUGCGAUGCAAAUAAUUGCAGUUGAAGCACAUAAACGAAAAUUGGCAUGCGAAUGACCGGCUGCUGAAGUUAAUGGUUGUGUGAGUGAGUGAACGAGCACACAAGCGACGAGAGUAGCGUAAGCUGCAUGCUGACAAUUAGUGCCGUCAGUUAAUUGACAUUUCACUGCAUGCAUAUCAAUUGAUGGUGUCAAUUAAAAGCGCUGAUAAAUAAACGCGACUAUAAUCUAGUUAGCAGCGUAUGCGUGUGGGAUGACGCGCUAGUCAAAGUUAGCGAAAGCAGCGAUAAAGAGAGAGGUCAUGCAAAGAAUUUGCAUUUAAAUCGCAUACAAAUAGUGCUUUUGCAUCUAACUUUGCCAUUUUGACAUUCUGCACUAACGCCGAAAUUCGUCUAACACCGCCAAGUUGGAAGGAAAAAAACUUUUCACGGCUGUUAAUAAUAUUUUAGCCGGUUCGAGCUUUGCCCGGGAACUCAGGCAACUAAUGACGAGAAACACUACAGUUGGCGUGGAUGACACGGCAAGUGUGGGACCGCAACAGCAACAGCUUGAGACCACGGCGUAUUACGAACAUCAGUCCGACUAUAGCGAAGACGCAACAGGCCACACAACAGCGAUAGCAACGGCUACGUCACCACAACCUCACCGAAAUCAACAAACAAGCAAUAUGGCCGCCAUGUCCGCUGAUGUCGAAUGCACACAAACAACGCAAUCGCCAAUGCGGCGUCGCAGUCGGCGUGUAUCCGAAUUGGUAUUGGAUCCUUGCUGCAAUCAAUUGGCAGGAGAGCAGCUAGUGGAGCAUUCGGCAGUUGUUGCCGAUUUACCCACAGAAGAUUAUGAUGAUGUGGUAGUUGAUGAGGAAGAAGAAGACGAUUUCGAAGAUGGUGUUGAUGGUGAGAAUGAUUACUACGAUGAAUCGCCAGUGCAGCGUAGCGCUAGAUUUCUGAAGCCAUGCAAACAGCAACAAAGAAAAACCGAACUGCAAGAACAGGCGGCGACGGCGAGUACGGUGAAAAGUGGUGGCAAGCGACCAAAACGACGCAUUAAGACGACUCGUCAAUUUUCACAGCGUACUGGUUCGACCGAGUCGACGGAGAGUGCCACACGACCAUGCAUAUCCAAGGGGCAAAUGCGCGAAUUCCGUGAAGCAUUUCGUUUAUUCGACAAAGACGGCGAUGGCUGCAUAACAAAAGAGGAGCUCGGUACCGUAAUGCGUUCAUUGGGGCAAUUCGCACGUGUUGAGGAAUUGCAGGAAAUGCUGCAGGAAAUCGAUGUGGAUGGAGACGGUAACGUCAGCUUUGAAGAAUUCGUGGACAUACUUUCUAACAUGACCUAUGAGGAUAAAUCAGGUCUAUCCUCUGCUGAUCAGGAAGAGCGUGAGCUGCGUGACGCUUUUCGUGUGUUUGACAAGCAUAAUCGUGGCUAUAUUACGGCCUCAGACCUGAGAGCGGUGCUGCAGUGUUUGGGCGAGGACCUGGAUGAGGAAGAUAUCGAGGACAUGAUUAAAGAAGUCGAUGUCGAUGGUGAUGGACGCAUUGAUUUUUAUGAGUUUGUGCAUGCUUUGGGCGAACCGGAAGACUCGCAGGAGAACGACGAGGAGAAUGAAGAAGAGAAUACAACUUCACCAUUACCAACACCAAAAUCGGCCAUGUCAAUGAGUUACGAUUAAGCUGUGGAAAAGUUUCGCGGUUAAUAACGAAAUCGGUAAAUGAAAACUUAGCAAAGAAACAGUUAUUACAAUAAUACGCAUAAUUAAUUCCCAGCUAACAUUUUUCUUAAAGUUUUUGGCUCCAAACAAAUUUGUAUUGAUAUAGGAAAUGGUACAAAAUGAAUAACGAAAAUUUUUGGAAAUAAUAAAAUUUCAUUAACUCCUAAAAUUUAAUAAUCAAAACAUAUAUCUGAGAACUAAAAUCAAAUAAUAACCUCUUAUUAUAAAAAAGUAAUAUAAAACCAUUUCUACUCUAAAAUUCGCGUUUAUGGCAAAAAAAGAGACAGUAUUUAUAAA